AUGGAUCCCUUUCAAAACACAAUAAUAUCACCCUCAGAAUAUCAUGAAGCCAUCCAGAACCCCUCUGCCCGCAUCAUCCCCGUCGCUGCCGGUCGGGCGGCCCUCCACACCGAAGCCUUCCGAGAACGGCAUCUGCCAGGUUCAGUUUUCUUCGACAUGGACGUAAUCUCAGACACCACCUCCCCAUAUCCACAGAUGCUACCCAGCGCAUCGCAUUUCGCAGCCAGCAUAGGCAACCUAGGCAUCCACCCAGACGAUGUUAUUGUCGUCUACGACGCCUUCCACGUGGGCAUCUACAGCGCCCCCAGAGUGGCGUAUACAUUCCGGCUCUUCGGGCACGCGCGAGUCCACGUUUUGAAUAACUUCCGGCAGUACGCGCAGCUGGGCUUUCCCAUUGAGACGGGCGAUAUGCAACCCCGCCCGAAGACGGAAUAUCCACUUCAUGUGGGUGAUAGUAGUCGCGUUAUCGCGUUUGACGAGCUGAAAUCGCUCAUUCAGAAUCAGCUUGAGGAGAUUCAAAUUAUCGAUGCCCGAAUCCCCGGUCGCUUUAAGGGGGUUGAGAGUGAGGCUAAGGCUGGGUUGAGCUCGGGACAUAUGCCUGGGGCGAUUAAUAUUCCUCUUGCGGCAAUGUUGGAUGAGUCGGAUGCUAUCUUGCCUACGGAGAGAUUGAGGGAGAUCUUCGAGAGGGCUGGUGUGGAUGGCAGGAAACCUACUAUCACGAGCUGCAAUUCUGGCGUCACAGCUGCAGUGCUGGAUCUGGUGAUGGCGGAGAUUGGGAUGAAUGUGCCGUCGAAGAGAAUCUACGAUGGGAGCUGGACCGAAUGGGCGCAGAGAGUCGAUGAGGAUGGACUGAUUUUGAAGGACUAG